AUCUCAAUACACUUGAAUUUGUCAUCCUACGGAUCCAGCGCAUCUGACAAUCAAAAAAACGUGGUUUCUAAUUUCUAUACCCUUUUCCCAAUUGAAUAAGAACGACUGAUAUCAAUUUCCACACUCAAUUCCCAAUUAUCCCACGAAAUUUGUUACGAAAUCUAAAACAAGAACCAAAAAAUGCAACAAAAUCAGAGAAGUUCAUCAUCAGGUUCCUCACAAAGUCCUAAAUCUCCUCAAUCUCAAGCACCUUUUCUUUCAGUUUCAGUUUCUGAUCCUGUCAAGUUGGGCAAUGGCGUCCAAGCUUAUAUUUCUUACAGAGUCCUCACUAAGACAAAUUUGCCAGACUAUCAAGGACCUGAAAAAAUUGUUAUUCGAAGAUACAAUGACUUUGUUUGGUUACGAGAUCGCCUUUUUGAGAGAUACAAAGGCAUCUUUAUACCCCCUCUUCCGGAGAAAAGUGCUGUUGAGAAAUUUCGCUUUAGUGCUGAAUUUAUUGAGAUGAGACGCCAAGGGCUAGAUAUUUUUGUGAACCGAAUAGCGUCACACCCUCAACUUCGCCAAAGUGAUGAUCUGAGGUUGUUCUUGCAAGCAGAUGAAGAGACCAUGGAGAGAGUGAGGGCUCAAGAGCUUGGUAUUUUCAAGAAGCCGGCCGAUCUGAUGCAAAUGUUCAAGGACAUGCAAUCCAAAGUAAGUGAUGUUGUUUUAGGCAAGGAGAAGCCCGUUGAAGAAUCAACUCCCGAGUAUGAGAAGAUGAAACACUAUAUCUUUGAGCUUGAGGAGCACUUGGCAGAAGCACAAAAGCAUGCCUUUCGCCUUGUUAAGAGGCAUAGAGAGCUGGGACAAUCACUGUCUGAUUUCGGUAAGGCAGUCAAGCUCUUAGGUGCAUGUGAGGGAGAUUCUCUUGGAAAGGCAUUCACUGAACUCGGUGCCAAGUCAGAAGCAUUGUCAAUCAAACUGCAAGCAGAGGCCCACAAUCUAUUAAUGAACUUCGAAGAACCUCUGAAAGAUUAUGUUCGUGCUGUGCAGUCUGUCAAGGCCACUAUAGCAGAGAGAGCUACUGCCUUCAAGCAACACUGUGAGCUUUCGGAAACAGUGAAGCUGAAAGAGAUAAAUUUAGACAAGCUGAUGUUGACGAGGUCGGACAAGUAUAGAGAUGCUGAGGCUGAAUAUCGGGAGUUGAAAACAGAGAGCGAGGAAGCAACAAGAAGGUUCGAGACUAUAGUUCGAUUGAUGAAUGAAGAGAUGGAACGCUUUCAAGAGCAGAAAACGGCAGAUAUGGGGCUAGCAUUUCACGAGUUUGCCAAAGGACAAGUGCGCUUGGCAAACAGUAUUGCUGAGGCAUGGAGGGGUCUGCUUCCGAAGCUUGAAGCAUGCUCGUCCUGAUAGUCAAUGCAAACGGUAUUAUAAUCCGAGCCCAAAAGGAAUGGGGUGGGUGGUCCGAAAGAAUGCCAAGUGCAUCCGAUUCUCUUGUAAAGAAUUAUUCUGCAAUUCAGGGAGAAACUUUCUUCAUGUGUUGUAGAACAUCUUAGAUUUUUCUGGGAGAUUCUAACUUGUACAAUACUCAAAUUAGAUGCUAAAAUGAAGAUUUGCAGAGUGUGUAAUACAAACAGCUUUUAUAAAAUGUGUAUUGCAUGAGCUUUCCUUAUAA